AUGAUUUUCGUUGGCAUUACGAGUGUUGAACCCGACGAGGAUCAAAUUUUCGAUGUUUUAACCGAAGGCCUAGUUGGUUUGCAUCAAGCUCCGAUGCUCUUCAUAAAUCAGCACAUUGAAAUAAAUACGCAGCCUACAAGAAAGCAACUGAAAAUCUUUUUCGCCUGGUGCUGGCAGCAUCGGUUCACCAACGUAUUUCUAACCAUUCAAAAAAUCCUUCACAGCAAUUUUUCUGGUAAUGUAUUCAGUCAGCUGUACACCUAUACACCGUUUCCAAAGCUCACCAUCAAAAAUCUAACCCGCACCGGAUAUCAAUACGAGGAUAUAAUGAUGGAUUUCAAAGGCUAUGAAUUUCGAGUGCCUUACUUUCAGGAUCCUCCAUUUGUGCUUAAGUUACCAAAUGGUCAACUAUCCGGGGUCAUGGGGCUUCUAUUAUCCGCCUAUGUUACGCAAAGAGGGGGUCGUCUCCGCCUGGAACCCGUCGUCGGAGUGGACAGGUACAACUACCAUGAGCACCUAAUGCUGGCCGCCGCCCGCGGCGAGGUCGAGAUCGGUGUGCAUCCGUACUCAUCCAUGCAACCAAACUCAUCGCUGACGGCCGGCAGUUUUCCGCUGGGAAUGACCAGCACUUGUGUUAUGGUUCCCUGGCAGCGGUUGCCGCCGGCGGAGCAAUUCAUGCGGAUGGCCGCCCGUGUGAACGGUGUUUUUUUCCUGUUCCUCCUCCUGGCGAUGACCCUAUCCUGGCAGCUGGCGCGUGGGCGGUGGAGGCGUGGCUUCCAGCUCACCCUGACGGCCAUAUUCCUGCAAUCGCUGCCGACCUUUCAAUUCCGCCGGCUGACUGAGUCGUACAAAUACAUCCACGUGGCUGUGCUCCUCUCCUGUUUCGUCCUGUGGACAGCGCGCACAUGUAAUCUGUCAUCGGUUUUUACUUCACAGGUGCCUGGAAGGCAGAUCGAAACCGCUGAGGAUUUUCUGAAUUCGAAACUGCAACUUAUGUUGACAGAAUCAGAGGUGGAAAUGUAUUUCACCCCCGGUCUACUCCCGGAGGCGCUGAAGCCACGCCUCCUGAUGGUCAACAGGACGAUGAUAGUGAAGCACUUGGUCAGCAUGAACAGCAGCUACGCCUACUGCAUUUCCUCGGAAGCCUGGGUUGUGGUUAUGAUUAUGCAGCAGCGAAUGUAUCGGCCACCAUUUCGAGUGGCCUCGAAGCUCUGCACCAAAAGGCAGUUCCUGCACUUUCCCGUGCAAAGCAAUUCGCCGUUCAACCGCAACUUUGAGAAGUAUACCCUCCUUUCAGGAGAGAUGGGCUUUUUGAAUUAUUGGCGUCUACGAAGCGUCUGGGAGGCGGUUGAUGCUGGUAUCAUGGUUCAGAUGACGGAUGCCUAUCAACCGUUUAGGAGCCUGGCUCCCUUCGACCGCAGCUUCCCCGCAACGCAAUCGCCCCACUUGAAUGGCAAAUGCCGCGCGGCCACCGCAAAAAGCAACGAACGUACGAACAUUGGGUCCUGUAUCGACAGUGGCUUUUGCCAGGACCAACAUCCUUAUUCCGCUGCCUCUAAGCUGGAAGUGCUUUCCAUACCCGGAGUGACUUUAACCACUGUCUACAUCCUGGAGGAUGUGUGCCUGGGAUUCUCCUGCGGUUGCAGUGCGGUUGUGCAUUUGUGCGUGGUGCCACUGCCACAUUAG